UAGAUAAUAUAUAAUAUUGUAUUUGAUUAUACGGACUAGCUUGCUGUGUAACGGAAAGGAGAAGAUGGAAAGUCAACAGUUGUAUAAUGCAUACCCCUCACGGAUAACUACAUACAAACCUUCAACAGAGAAACUUUUCUUGCCGAUAAUAGUACCUAACUAAUAUAGUCCAUAACUAUGGAAAGUUAAAGUUAUUAGUAUAACUUUUACAUUUUUCUGAAACACCUUCGACUCCUAAGUCUCACCACAUAAAAAUAUGGUUCAAAAGUGCAACGAUAUUUAAGAUCCUGUUGCUAGGUGAUCCACGUAAUCAGGAUAAAAUAAUACAGUUGCGGGCAGUUGUGGGGCACUUGCCAGACAUCAAGGCAGUUACGACAAUCACGGACAAAGCGUCAAGGGAAGGAACGAGGCCCUCAGGUUAGAUAUAGGAGGUAGGUACGUAUAAGUAUGAGGUGGCCCCGUAGUCCUUGAGAUUAAAACGCUCUUUCUUAAUACAAGAUCAGUUCCACAGAUCUAUAUUUAUUACGUCUGGAUUACGUCUGGACACAUCAACUUUCCAUCUAACACAUCGCAAACAAGGAGACAAGGAGAUAAACGAAGAGGAAGAUUAGUAAGCUCCCAGUCUCCCUACUCACUAAGAUAUUCAAGAUGGUCGCCCUUCCACCCGGCGUGGUCCUGAGCUCACCAUCCCCAACCCGGGGUCGCUCUAUUCUCGCAUCGCGAACUUUCAGCCCAGGUGCCGUCAUUGCCGUGUUUGCUCACGACAAAGGAGCACCUAUUAUAGCUAUCCCAGAUAACGAACACUUAUCGCGGACCUGCCACUACUGCCUGGCUGUAUCAUCGGACCAAAACCCUAUGGCUACUUCACCGGUCCACGUGCGCGCGUGCACCGGCUGUCGCAUAGUCUACUACUGCACCCCGGCAUGCCAGAAAGCCGACUGGGCGCUCGCCCACGGCCGCGGCGAAUGCAAAGCCUUCCGGCGGAUCCAAGAGGAGAUCCAAGAGGAGGUAGAUCCGAAGCUCCUGGUCUUGCCAACUCCCGUACGGGCUUUAAUCCAGGUCCUUGUGCGCCCGGAAAUGCAGGCCGCAGUCGCGGAGAUGGAAGGCCAUAUGGAGGCGGUGCGUUCGGAUUCGGAUAUGACUUGGGCCGGCCUAGAGUUCCAGGCUCGCGCUACGCUGCAUUACUUGAAUCGGGAGGCGAACAAGAGUAAUCUGGCCGAGGCUAUGGAGGCUGUGUGUAAGCUAAAACUCAACUCCUUCAACCGACUUGAUGUAGAUGUUGGCCAGAGUGGGACAUACUUCAAUCCUGCGCUGUCCAUGAUAAACCAUUCCUGCAUUCCGAAUGCUUUCGUACAGUUCAUAGGACGAAAGGCAGUCCUACACGCAUAUCGGGAGAUAAAAGAGGGCGAAGAGAUCGAAAUAUCAUAUAUCGAAUGCACACUCCAUCGCUCGUACCGCCAGCAAGCGCUACAGAAGCAGUAUCACUUCAAAUGCGUCUGUCCCCGGUGCAAAGACGACCUGGACAUGUAUCAAGUCUGUCAGCAGUAUCCGCAUCUCGAGCUGAACUCGUUUAGUCUCGUCCCCGAUCUAGACAAACUACGGCAUCCACCAAUAAAACAACACUUGCAGUCCAAUCGUUCUCUACAGAAAUAUAUCGAAAAGAUAUACCCGAAAUAUAUAGAACCGCUGCAAGGCUUGAGUUUGCCGGAGUUCUCCAAACAGCUCCGCCGCCGCUGGAAAAUAUGCGCGCCGCUUCGAGAAGCCGGAUUGUACGCCGUCGAACCACUAGCGCAAGUGAUCGUCGAUGCCGGCAUUUAUUUCUGCCAAAAGAAAAACUUUCAAUACGCCUUAGCUCUGUGGUGCUUCCUUGCUCUGAAUAGCGAUCCAUAUAAGGCUCCUAUGCCCUUCUCCGUACUCAGGGUGAAGGGCAUGUUCAUGAUUGCGAAGCUCUUAGCCAACACGGCUUCGGUGCCACCUCCCGCAUCAAGCGGAGACACUGAGUCUCUAUCAGCGAGGAUAUCACAGUUCCUGGGCAAGAUUGACCAAGCUACUAUGUGCCAGACGAUCCUGGUCAUGGUUAUCCAUCAUUGCCCGGCGGCUCAUUCAAAAGAAUGGCAAAUAUACCAUCAAGCAAAGGCCCAGCUGAACGAUCUCGAGAGCCUAAAGGGUCGAGAGACUGAAAAUGCAUUGGUAAACGCUUUCGCUAGAAACCCAACUGGUUCGGAAGAAAGCCGUUUCUUCAAGAUGGCAGUCCUAGAACCAAUCCAAACACUAGCCGGAUUUUGUGAUGAAAUAGUAGGCUAGGGGUAAAUUCAGGGGUAGAUUUACUAGGGCUGGAUAGAAGGGUAGGUGUUAACAAUCCAAUUCAACUAUCCUGACAUUCACUCUAAGUAUUG